UCAUUCAUUCAUUCAUUCAUUCAUCCUCCUUGUUUCCACCGUUUACAUUCCUCCCUAUAUGCCCUUCCCCCAUUCGUGACAUCCAAUCCAAGCAAUGGCUUCCAUCGCAGGUAAAGUAUACGCAUUAACCGGCGCCAAAUCCGGGCUCGGACUACAUGUGGCAUCAACCCUAGCACGCCUCAACGCCGGAGCAAUCUCCAUUUCUGACCUCAACGGAGACCACUUCCACUCCGUCCGCUCAACCCUCUCAUCCAUCAACCCAAAGGUGCAACUCCUGACCUCCAAAGUAGACGUCACACGCAGCGUCGAAGUCAACAGCUGGAUCGAAGAAACAGUCGACAAAUUCGGUGAUCUCGACGGAGCAGUCAAUUGUGCCGGGACAAUCAACAAUCUAUCCACCGAGACAAAACCACAUUUCCUCAAUGAGACAGACGACUCCUGGACCCGUGUUAUCAAUACGAACCUCACUGGUACAUUGUACAGCAUGAGAGCUGAGGUUAAGGCAAUGGUGGCUUUACCGAAGAAACCACGCAGCAUUGUCAAUAUCUCUAGUGCGGCUUCUUUGUUCCAUGAUCCCACCAUCAUGUCGUAUUGUAUAACGAAAGCGGGAAUCGCGGGUUUGACGACAACGAUAGCCAAGGAUCUGGCUGGGACGGAUAUCAGGUUAAAUGCCGUUUCGCCUAGUGCUACAAAAACAGGAAUGGCAGUGGAGUGGUACAAGAAUGAAGAAGAAGCCAUGGCUGAUAUGGCCAGACGAGGUAUUACACUGCUGGAGCCAGACCGAGUGGCUAAUGCUAUUGUUUGGUUGUUGAGCGAUGAGUCUGGUGAUGUUUCGGGUGUUAAUAUUCCCAUAGGUGCGAGUGUUCCUUGAGUUGGCUCAAGGAUUGGGAAUCCUGGACGACGACGUGGUGUAAAGUGGUUUGCACAUAUUGACGAAAUGGCAACGCCAUAUACAAAACCCACAUAUACCUUUACCCAUUAACAUAACAUUGAUUUCAUAAAUGACUGCCUCUCUC